AGCGUGGUGGGGGGGGGAUGGGGGGUUAUUGGGUAACCGAUAUCUCUCUCGAAUGAACGUCCAUUUCUUUUGGCCUUGGUCUCUUUCGGGUGGAUUGAGUUGAGUUUUGGAUGAAUUUAGCUGUAACUCUCCAGUAAUUUUUAUUUGAAUCGAAAGUUUGUGGUGAAAUAUUAUUUCAAGAAUGGCAGAUUCAAAGCCCAGUUUAUUCUCCUAUUCCACGUUGGUUCAUGCAAUUGCAGGUGCAACGGGCAGCUCAGUGGCCAUGUCACUGACAUAUCCUCUGGACACUGUCAGGACCAGACUUCAGUUGGAGGAGGGUCGGCGCGCCGACUCGACGCUGGCCGUGCUGGCCCAGCUGGUCAGCCAGGAGGGCGUCCCCACCCUGUACCGCGGCAUGGGUCCCGUGCUCGAGUCGCUCUUCUGCUCCAACUUUGUCUACUUCUACACGUUCCACGGCCUGAAGCGGCUGGUGGUCGGGGAGCACAGCGCGCCCAAGGAUCUGCUGAUGGCCAUGACGGCAGGCUGCAUCAACGUGCUGCUGACCAACCCGCUGUGGGUGGCCAACACGCGGAUGAAGAUGGAAGGAGUGGCCGAGCUGAGGAGCCGCGCCGGCGACAAACGGGAGUCGCAGGAGCGACCCCAGUCCCGGCGCUACACCAGCCUCCUCGACGCGGUACGACGGAUCGGCUGUGAGGAGGGGACGGCCGCCCUCUACAACGGCCUGGUACCCUCCCUGCUGCUUACCUCCAACCCGGCCGUCCACUUCGUGGCCUACGAGGCGUCCAAACGCUACCUGGAGCGGCUGCACCCGGGGGUGCCGCUGUCGGUCACCCAGGUAUUCCUGUGCGGUGCAGCGGCCAAGGCGCUGGCCACUCUGGUCACGUACCCGCUGCAGGCCGUCCAGGCUCAGCUCAGGUACGUUCCGUUGCGCCUGUCCUUCCGCCGGGCGCGCCGUCGCCGAGGUCGCCGGUCGGCACCACACCUUAGUCCCGUCCCCGGUCCGCCCGAAUCCCCAGCACGUGGAGGACAGGCGGGAGGGAUGGUGAGGAGCGACGGCCGGCGGGAGCUGCGCAUCCUCCGCAUCCUGGCGCUGCUCUUCAGACGCGGCGGUCUGGCCGGCGGCGUGUACAAGGGCCUGGAGGCCAAGAUGCUGCAGACGGUGCUGACCGCAGCGCUCAUGUUCGUCCUCUACGAGAAGAUCGCCCAGUUUGUGUUCCUGCUGCUCCUGGGGCGGCGCCGGUAGGGCAACAGACAGGGGACUUGGUAGGCAAAUGUGCCAUUUUUACAGAGCUCCAAUUAUUAUUGUGCGUCGGUCCAAUAGUUGUUACAUUGUUUUAUCAGACUUUUCCGUUCAUAUCAUUACAAGAGCAACGGGUUGUUCACUUAGAUUGAAGACCCGUGGUUAUUUGAGUGAUAAGGUACACAUUUUUCAAAAUAUUGAUAUUCAAUGUCGAGUUCAAUGCUUUAAUCUUUUUUGCAACGCACACAUGAAUAGCAACAUGUCAAAAACAUCCGGUUGUUUACGUACUUCAUGUUCCUCAUUUGUAUGAUUGUUUAUUUUUUUUCCUUUGACACGGUUACAUUAAGUUCCCGUCUCUGGACUGGAUUGUAGGGAUAUUGCUCAAUGCUCAAUCAAUCACUGCACUUUGGCGUUUUCACGCCGAUGUAUCCUCUCGCCAUCUCGCAGGCCGCUAUCUUGUAGCGCAAUGUUAUGCCACCGAUCACCUGCCUCUUAUCUAAUCCAACUUCGAUACGUUCACUACAGAUAUGAGCACAAUUAUGUCUGAUCAAAAGAGCUUGCUGUCCGAUGACCAGUCUCUUCUUAGUCAGUGAGGGAGGGUGUCUUUAGCAGGCCCUCGCUGAUCAGUCAAUAUUCUGUGAUUAUACAUAAGGGCACCGAGCAGCAGACUCGACAGGCAAGACAUGGCCGCGGCUGGCGUUACACCGGGCCGGGACGGUAGCUAGUGUAUAGACGGCGGGGUGGUUUUGAAUCAGAGCUGGCUCUGGGGCGCAGUUACGCUUGUAUUCCAGUGAAUAAAUGGUGAAAUAUUA